UAGAGGUGUCUGGUUACAAUUUUAUUUUCCCCCGAUUUUACAAAACAAAACCCAUAUCCAUCUGAAUAGGGUUUAUAUGAACUGAACCAUCGAUGAAUAGAAGGAGAUCAAAAUGUUUAUACAGCCGCAGAAACUAGUGCAGCAACUCCAUCAAAGAACCGAAAAAUGCACCGUGGGGUGUCCCGUACUUGAUCGCCUCCUCAACGGCGGCGUACCCACUAAAUCAAUAACAGAACUCGUCGCCGAAAGCGGAAGCGGCAAAACCCAAAUCUGCCUCCAACUCGUCCUCUCCGCUCAGCUUCCACCUUCCCACGGCGGCCUCUCUGCUUCAUCUCUCUACAUAUUCACCGAGUCCCCUUUCCCCGUCCGCCGCCUAAAACAACUCUCCCGCUCUCUCCUUUCAUCUCAUCCAAAUCUUCUCAGCUCCGAUCCUCUCUCCCGUGUCUUCCUCCGCGGCAUUUUUUCCGCUGAGAAAUUUGUUAGUUUAUUACCGGACAUUGAGAUUUUUCUUACUUACUGGAAAUCACGAUUGUUACCUGUUAGGGUUAUUGUUGUUGAUUCCAUUGCUGCUUUGUUUAGAUCUGAAUUUGAUAACUCACGAAUCGAUCUUAGGCGGAGGUCAUCGUUGUUUUUCAAGAUUUCCGGUGGAUUGAAAUCGUUGGCGGAGAGGUUUGGGUUGGUUGUGGUUGUUACUAAUCAAGUUGUUGAUUUGAUGAAUGAUGGUGAGAAUGGAGUGAGGAUUGGGAAUUUGAGUGAGAUGUAUUCGUCGCGGCGAAGGGUUUGCCCGGCAUUGGGGCUUUCCUGGGCGAAUUGUGUGAAUUCUAGAAUGUUCUUAUCUAGGGAUGAAUAUGGGGAGACGAAAAGGAGAAGACUGAGUGUUGUUUUUGCUCCUCAUUUGGGUCAUUGUUGUUCUGAGUUUGCAAUUACUGGAGAUGGUGUUUUUGGUGUAGAGAUGGUACAAAGGAAUGUAUGAAUUGUUGUUUUUAUAUGCUUUUAUUUUAUAGAUAGAUAAUAAUUUUAAAGUGUAUGUAUGUAUGUAUAUGAAUAGUAGAAUAGAAUAGGAUACAAAGGAAUGAUGUUCAAUGUUUUGGUUGUUCAUUCUCAUCAAUAGUCAAGCAAGCACCGCAUGGUUUCUAUCA